AUGAAAAAUUUGGAAAUAAAAGUGAAUAAUAAUAAUAAUAAUAAUAAUAAUAAUAAUAAUAAUAAUAAUAAUAAUAAUAAUAAUAAUAAUAAUAAUAAUAAUUUUAACAAUGAUUUAAAUAGUAUAUCCAUAAAUAUUGACUUUGGAAAUAAUAUAAUAAUUAGCCAAGAUGAUAAAAUAUCUCAAUUUCCAAAAAAAUCAAUUAAAAAACCUUCAAGGCCUUAUACAUUAAUUUAUUUUCUCAAUUUCUAUAAUUCCAAAUUUAAAAUAAUUCAUGUAUUUAUUAUUUUCAGUUUACUAUUUAUGGCAUCAUUGGUUGUAAAUCGGUUAAUUUUUCAUUACAAUUCAACAAGUCAAAGUGAUAAUUUAUUUUCACACUCAAUUUUAAAUGGACCCGAUUUAUCAAUAAAAAAUCCAGAAUUAAAUCAAACAUCAAGUUCUUCAAUAUCUGAAUUUUCUGAAUCUUUGCAACCAUUGGAAUCUUCUGAAAAUUCUCAAUCAUUGACAUCUUCUGAAUCUUCGCAAUCAUUGGGAUCUUCUGAAUCUUCACAAAACCCUUCGUCAACUCCUGAAGAAUCACCAACACCAACUCCAACUGAAACAGAAACACCAACUCCAACUGAAACGCCAACUCCAACUGAAACGCCAACUCCAACUGAAACGCCAACUCCAACUGAAACACCAACUGAAACACCAACUGAAACACCAACUGAAACACCAACACCAACACCGACUGAAACCCCAACUGAAACACCAACUGAAACAACAACGCCAACACCAACGGAAACUCCAACAGAAACCCCAACAGAAACCCCAACAGAAACCCCAACAGAAACCCCAACAGAAACACCAACACCUACUGAAACACCAACACCAACAGAAACACCAACAGAAACACCAACAGAAACACCAACACCAACAGAAACACCAACCCCAACCUCAGCUCCAACUCAAACUCCAGCUCCCACUCCACCACCAUUUUAUGAUUCUCCAAAAUAUAUUAUUUCAAAAGAAAGGCUUAAAAUGGCUACUUCAAAAGAAAAAGAAGAAUUAAAAUUUUUACAUAAUACAAGAGGAACAGAACAAAGACUAAGAUUUAUUGAUAGAGGAGAUGGUACACUUAAUAUUCGGGAUUUCUAUGGUAAAUCUAUAUGUUUAAAAAAAGAUCCUCGUUUUUUUACAAAUAAAUAUUAUGGAUUUUAUGGUGGUAGUGCUCAAGAUGAAUGUAUAUUUACUUAUAUUUUAAAUGCUGAUGGAACUUAUAAUUUUAAAAAUAAACAAAAUACAUAUUUAUCAUCAGAUAGCGGUGAGGAAUUUUUUGGUAGAAAAUCAUUGGGUUCAGAAGAAGCUUUUAGACUUGAAGAUGCUUUUUAA